AUGAACUGGCAUCUUCAGAUGUUGCCGUGGUUGAUGACCGCGUGCAUCUACCCGUGUGUUGUAGGCCCGGAUUUCUGGGGUCUGGUGAAUCGAGACUGGCGAAUGUGUACUGCCGGUCAAAUGCAGAGCCCUGUAAACAUCGAUCCAUCUCAACUGCUCUUCGAUCCGCAUCUUGAACGAAUAUCGAUUGAUGACAUACAUGUGGAAGGCACGUUCGAAAACAUCGGUCAGUUGCCAAUAAUCACCAUAAAUGAGACUCUUUCCAAGAACACCAUCAAUAUCACUGGUGGACCAGCCUUGCCAUAUCGAUAUCGACUGCAUCAGAUUUCCAUGCAUUUCGGUCAACCGGACGGUGAACGAGGAUCCGAACAUACAGUGGAUCGCGUGAGGUUUCCGGCUGAAGUCCAGCUGUUGGCAUAUAACAUAGAUUUGUAUACAAAUUAUAGCCAAGCAGUCACGCAACCGCGUGGGCUUCUUGCGAUUGCUGUAAUUAUUGAUAUUGGAAUAACGACUGAGGUUGCACUUCGGCGUUUGACGGUGGCGUCACAGAGUAUCACUUACACGAGGCAUGCGAACCACUCUUCGCCAACUUCAUCCAGCCGGAUUGUUGCCACGAACUCAUCACUACGUCACGUACGAGGGCUCGUUGACGAUUCCUGGAUGUCAGGAAACGGUCACGUGGAUCAUUAUGAACAAUCCCAUCUACAUUACACGAGAAGAUGUAAGCUUUACUGCUUCAGUACGGAAAAGGGAUCUACUCAAAGUAACAUAUGA